AUGACCACCAACCCCGUCCUCCUCUCUAAAAGGUUGAACGUGCUGGUCUAUUCUGGUGCGCAAACUUACUCCGAUUGGAAAACCAAUAUUCUGACCCCCGCUGCUCCAGGAAAUGGAACUACCGUCGACGCCGUCCGCCACUGCCUCUACUCUCUCCGCCGGCUCUUGGCUGCGAACUACGCUGUGAUCCCCGUAACGGGGCAAAUGAUCGUCAAUGAGCCUUGGACUGCUUCCUGUGCGCUGCUAGUAAUGCCUGGCGGCGCGGACUUACCAUACUGCAGGACACUGAACGGCGAAGGGAAUCGGAGGAUCAGUCAAUUCGUUCAGCGGGGCGGGGCGUACCUGGGUUUUUGCGCGGGCGGUUACUUUGCCAGCAAACGGUGUGAGUUCGAGGUUGGGAACAAGAAGCUGGAAGUUGUUGGUGACAGGGAGCUGGCUUUCUUUCCCGGAAUAUGUCGAGGAUGUGCCUUUCCCGGGUUUGUAUACGAUAGUGAAGAUGGUGCUCGAGCGGCGGAGCUCAAGGUAUCAAAAUCUGCGCAAGCGUUUGGGUCCGUGCCGGAGGUUUUCAAGGCUUAUUAUAAUGGCGGAGGUGUCUUUGUUGAUGCGCCUAAAUAUGCGGACCAAGGGGUGGAAGUUCUCGCUAGUUACACAGAAGAUCUCAGUGUGGACUCUGGAGAGGGCUCGGCUACGGUCGUUUACUGUAAGGUGGGCGAGGGAGCAGCAAUUCUCACUGGGGCUCAUCCAGAGUUUGUAUUUCCUGCAAAGCCGAUUGAUAGCUGGGAACUGACGAAGCCCAGAUUUGCUGCCUCCAAUCUUGACAGAAACGCUGAUGGGCCCGAAUAUCACAAAAUCGUCGAUGUUUUGGCUGCAGACGAUGAAUCGAGGGUGAGUUUCUUGAAGGCUUGUUUGACGAAACUGGGCCUUCAGGUUAAUCAAGACUCGUCCACUGUGCCAUCGCUAUCCCGAUUACAUCUUUCCUCUCUGGUUCCUCAGGGGAGCGCUGAGUUAAUCUCCGCCCUUCGAGAUAUCAUUACCGUGACUGAUGGAGAGGAAUAUAUUAAAGACGAUAUUGAUACUUUCCAUCUCGAGAAACCAUCGUCGAUGGGAAUGAGAGAUAUAGCUGAAUCCCUACCUGCUGGCAUUUCGAAAACUGGCCAAGGGGGUGAUUCUGACACAUUCUUGGAUUAUAAUUCUGUUAUCAAAGAAGUGGUUGUUCAUGAUGAAACUCCGUCCUCCAAAGCUACCCCUUCCUUCAACCACCACGCAUUCUACGGAAAUCUCAAGGAAUACCGCUCGCAGUCGAAAGAGGAAAUUCAUGAAUUCGGCUCGAAUAUAUUGUAUGGAGAGGUCGUCACGAGCACAAGUAGUCUCCUUGAGAAGAAUACGCAACUACUCCGAAGGCUCCCACAUGGAUUCGUGGCUACUGCGACGGUCCAAGUGGCCGGACGAGGCCGCGGGUCCAACGUCUGGGUCUCGCCAUCUGGUCAGCUAAUGUUCUCAAUCGUCAUAAAGCACGCCGUCAGCAACAUGACCCGUGCUCCCGUGGUGUUUAUACAGUAUAUCGCCGCCAUCGCCAUUGCCCAAGGCAUCAAGAGCUACGACAAGGGAUAUGAAAACAUGCCCAUAAAACUGAAGUGGCCAAAUGAUAUAUACGCCCUGGAUCCUACCAAACCCGAUUCCAAAUCCUACACAAAAAUAACAGGCAUUCUCGUAAACGCCCACUACUCCUCUGCAGAAUAUAUCGCCGUCGUCGGCAUCGGGAUCAACGCCCUAAAUCCCUCCCCAACCACCUCUCUUAACGCCCUCUUAUCCUCCCUUGCCCAGAAAUCACCCUCCAAUAGAAGUCUCCCCCCGCUAACCCUCGAGAAGCUCCUCGCCCGCAUCCUCACCGCCUUCGAGUCCUUAUACGCCCGCUUCCUACGCACAGGCUUUGACGAGCAUUUCUUCGACCUUUACUAUGCAGACUGGCUGCAUAUGGAUCAAAUCGUCACGCUGGAGGCGGAGGGUGGGGUGCGCGCGCGCAUCAAGGGGAUCACCAGUGACUAUGGCUUGCUUGUGGCGGAGGAGUUGGGGUGGGAGGACCGUCCUACGGGGAAGACGUGGGAGCUUCAGAGUGACAGUAACAGUUUUGAUUUCUUCAAGGGUCUGAUUAAGAGGAAGGUGUGA